UUCGGAUAAUAUUAUUGUUAUUCAAUUAAGUUAAAGAACAAUGAGUACCAAAAGGUUUCAGUUGGAAAACUAUAAAAAGUAUUUACUAAAUAGGAAUACUGCUUCUUCGGUUGUUGUGUCAUAUAUCGAAAAUUGUAUAGUUACCGAAGAUGAAGCCGCGAAGCAUUCUUUUCACAAAAUUAUGGUUCAUAACUGGCCGGGAAGUCACAUGGAGCUUUUUGAAACUCUGAUGGACUACUUUCAAUCGCCUUUCACCCCUGUGAACUGCACAUCUCAAGGAGAAAUAACCACAUUUUAUACAAGCAGCCUCAACUUUGUGAUGAAAGUUAUGAAACAUGAUUUCAUGUUCCCAUACCAACGCAACAUGUUCAACUUGGACUUGCUGUUCAAUGACAGGAGUUCUGCUGACUGCUUCGAUAACAGAGUGACGGUGGACGAUGUGGUCGCCGGAGUGGUCAGCAACAGGCUGAGUGACAAGCGUGAACUUGACUUGUCAAGUUUUGAUAAAGAUCCAGAAUUUCUGGAAAAGAGAAUACACUUCUAUAAGCUGUCCAUGUUGUCACAGUAUAAGAUCCUGAUGAUUCGCAUGGGGAGAGACACUAAGUCCUUGAACUUAAGUAAUAACAACCUAAGUACAAUACCAGUGGACCUAUUAAACUUCUUCAUUAAAGGAGACUUAACUGCCAUUAAUUUAAGUCAUAAUGAGAUACCAGCCUUAUCAGAACUACAAAGAAUCAGUAGUAAAAUAGAGAAACUUUGGAUUGAGGGCAACCCACUGUGUGAGAACCUAGACCCCUCAACAUAUGUGAAAAACAUUGUCAUGAGGUUCCCAAGACUCACGGAACUGGAUGGUAUAACCCUAAACCAACAUGGCGUAAUGCUGCCAUUCUUCAAAAACUUCCUAGAGACGCCUGACAGGAAAACAAAGAUGCUUGUUGAGAAGUUUCUUACCUUAUACUUUGCACACUAUGAUUCAAAUCGAACGAAAAUUAAUAACUUCUAUGACGCCAAAGUUACUCUUACCAUAAACACACCAUUUACUGACGCGGAAGACGCCGCUCUUCCUUCAGCCUACGCCUUGUUCAGCCGCAACGCGCUCCACCCGAUGAAGCGCAACUUUGUGGCGGCCAAGUCCAAUAAUAAGAUGUACCGGAAUGUGGACGCGUGCGUCCAUGCGCUCUCGGCGCUGCCCAAGUCGGAACACGACCCUACUACCUUUUCCGUUGACGUGCUGAGACAUGAUAAAAAAUGCAUGAUCCUGGUAGUGGACGGGACGUACCGCGAGAAGUCGUUCGACCCGGGGCAGCCGGACCGCUACUUCCGUUUCCGGCGCACGUUCGUGUUCAACAUCUACAACAUCAACGCCAACUCCGUGUACCACAUCAACAACGAGAUGUUUUCUAUUUCCUUCGCCACUAAGGAACAGAUUGACAGCAGUUUUAAGACUCCAAUAAGAAAUAUGAACUCCCUGACCCUUAUAAACCCGGAGCCCGAGGAAAGAGAAUCAAUAUCCAGAGCAUUCACACACGUCACGCAGUUGAAAAGAACGGAAGUAGAAUUGCGUCUCAAAAUCCAUAGCUGGGAUCUCAGAAGUGCGAUUAAAGAGUUUUGGGACGAACUGAGGAAGAAUAAAAUAAGCGCCGACAAGUUUAUUGAAGAUGAUUACGACGAUUUCUCUGAUACGUCGUCAUUGAUAGAUGAAGUAGACUAAAUAAAGGUGGAUACAAUUCA